UAAUCAGCGCCACCAGGUGAGAUUUGUAGUACCAUCGAGUCUUGCAAUAGAUGGCUGUCUACCUCCGAGUCGUCUCAUACCUAUGGAUGAUACCAAUCGCCCAUACUGAUGCAAAAUUCGUGCUCCCGGCUUCGCCCACUUCACAGGCAUUUACUGAGAUGUGCCUCGUCUUCCAGAUCACAUGCUUACUGACGCUGUCACUGGCCAUCACGGGCACUACGGAUCUUGUGUCUGGGUGUGUUGCUGAGAUUUUGUUUACGUGAAGUACGCCAACGCACAUCCGAGUCUAUGUUGACAGGUACAUAGCGCCCGGAUGUAUACCGUGGUUCUUCUAAUAUAUCGUGAUAUCAUGCGUCGAUGCUCAUGAUCGCCGAAACAAUGCAUCGUUUGAACGAUCGCGGCGGUGUCACC